CUGCUGGGGCGGGUGCGGGCAGCCCGCCUUAGGGGUGUCGGGGGACGGCCUCCGUGGCCCGGGCACCCCGGAUCAGGGUUCCGCCCCGCCUAGAGGCCGCGGGCGGCCGGCAGCGAGGGCCCGGUGGCGCCGGCCCUGGUUUGCGCGUCCCGUAGGUGAUAAGAACCACAUAAUGUCAAUAGCUCGGUCAUCGGUCCAUGCCAAAUGGAUCGUGGGGAAGGUGAUUGGGACAGCAAUGCAGAGAACCGCUAAAGUGAGGGUGACCAGGCUUGUUCUGGAUCCCUACUUGUUAAAGUAUUUUAAUAAGCGAAAAACAUACUUUGCUCACGAUGCCCUUCAGCAGUGCACUGUUGGGGAUAUUGUGCUUCUCAAAGCUUUACCUGUUCCACGAACAAAGCAUGUGAAACAUGAACUGGCCGAGAUCGUUUUCAAGGUUGGCAAAGUCAUAGAUCCAGUGACAGGAAAACCCUGUGCGGGAACCACCUACCUGGAGAAUCCCAUCAGUUUGGAAACCAAUUACCCCAAAACUCCAGAAGAACUCGAUGUUUCUUCAUCACCGUGAAGGAGUGGAAGAAGGAGCCAAAGGGAAAGAUCUAUGUUUGCUUUAUGGGGAAAAAAAAAUUUCAGUUUCAUUCCAAACUGUGUCCAAUUUUUCUUAUUUAUUUUUUCAUUCAAAGGAAUCUUGAAUUUCUCUAAGCCUCUAUUAGAGAAGAAAACCCUUCAAUAUAAACUGAUAAAGUCAUAUUCUCUGAUGGUAUCUAUUCAAAAUUAAAUUUUUUUUUUCUCUGAUUUCACCAACUCACAAGGGAAACAGUCAAUAUGUUUGUGGUCAAAUUUUAAAAGACUGAGCUGUAUUAAUAAGAAUGUUGACAUGUAGAAAAUAAAAUUUUAGACAUUGUGUUGUUUAUAUCCUAGGCUAGAUGAAGUGGGCAUGAGUUCUUAAAAUGUGAAACAUUGAGUUGUGGGACUUUUAAUGUAUUUAAGUUGGAGGUUUCUGGGUUUUGUGGCAAUGUGUUAAUAAAGUGGGAUAACUUAGAUUCUGA